AUGGCCGCCAUCGUCGAACGCAGCCCCCCUACGCAUUCCCCUCCUGGUCCCCAUCCCAAGCGACCCAGAGGUAUUCUCAAGAAUUCGUACCAAAAGUCGCCCCCGACAUCACCCGGCGAAGCCGACCUCACCGAGAAGGAGCUCACCCUCGUCAACACCCAAUACAACGCUGGCCACCGCCGUUCCUCUUCUGCCGCACGUCCCUCGGGCUCCCGCCGUCAAUCCAGCCGAACCCCCUCCCAGCAGGGUGACGACGACGAGCAAGAUCUCGAGUCAUCCCAGCGCCUCAAGUGGGACGAGGCCAACCUCUACCUGACCGAGCAGGAGCGCACGUCAACUAUGAAGAUUGACGAGCCCAAGACUCCCUAUGCGAAGCACUACGAUCCCACCGAGGACCCCUCGGACGACGAGGAAAUGUCGGAAGACCCCAACGUUGAGAGGAAGCCUCGCACAGCUCGUGCUGGUCCUGGCGUGGAGGAUGAUAUCCCUAUCAUGUCGCUUGGCGAGCCGGAAGAGGCGGUCCCGGAAAGCGAGUCGUCCAAGGAAAAAGCCCUCAAGGCCGUCCACGUCGACGAGAACGCCAGUGCUCACGGCGACGAUGAUGAGCUGGCCGGCCUUUCGCCCGAGGAGCGGGAGAAGCACCGUCGUUUCGAGGAGUUGCGCAAGAAGCACUACGAAAUGAAGGAUGUGGCCCACUUGUUGGGCCACCCCGAAGAACUGGAGGAAGAAGAUGACGAAGAGCGCGCCGCCCGCGCCGGGCCGCCUCCCGUCCCUGCUCUUCCCCGGCCGAGUGAGGCCACCAAUGGCCAGGCCUGA